UAUCAUGUGAUAUGACACUAUGGCACAUCACUACAGCAGUGAGAAUACCAGCAAAAGUAACACCAGAAGCGUUGCAGCCGCUGCCCAAAACACAGAAGUUCGUGGAGGUGGUCCUUAGUGGUGUGAGUGACGCUGGUGUGAGUCAUGCAUGUGACGUGGUCCACAAGUUACAACCACCAAAAGGAUACUAUAAGAUCACGUGUGUCACCAGCACACUAACAGAAGAGGGCAUCCAGAACAUGAUCGUUGGUCUAGCAGAGCGCAGUGUGGAGGUAGGGGCAGGACUGGUAGUACACACCACUGUCACUCUCACUAAGGUCCAGAAGGAUAAGCUGCACUCCCUGGCUGCUGACGUCCUCUACUGUUACUUUAAAAAAACUAUGGAACAAUACUCUUCUCCAGACUGAGGGACUGACCACCUCAAACCUUCAAGGGUGAUGGACUGAUUACAUCGUCUUCACGUCUCUUCUGCUUCUCUCAACUUUUCUGUACUCGACUGAAGACGCCUACUGUGUAGGCGAAACGUUUCGAAAUAAAGAUACCUAACUGUUGCAUAUGUGUCUUACCUAACAACCUGUCGGUAUUUUAUACAAUUUUAAUAUUCCAAUAAGGUAGAAGUUAAUAAACUAAAGGAGGUAGUUAGGGUAAGAUAUAAGCAACUACUAUAAGAAAGUGAGUGUAUAAAUAAGAGGUUGGAGAGGUAUGGAAUAGAUAUAAGAAUACAGUGAUAGAGAGAACAGCAGAAGUUUGUGGAUAUAGAAGAGUGGGAGGGAAAGGUAAGAUGGAGGGAGGAAAGAUCAGUGGUACCAGACAAAAUGUUAACUUAUGAGAGGGUUUUACAAGUGUAAAACAAAGGUGGAAUAUAGGAAGAGUAGAAAGGAGGUUAAGAGAGUGGUAAGGCAAUGUAAACGAUGAGCAAAUAAGAGAGUGGGUGAGCUUCUCUCAACAAAUUUUCCAGAGAAUAAGAAAAACUUUUGGAGUUAGAUUAAUAGGUUGAGAAGCUUACAUUAUAAGAAGUCAUCUUGACAAGCAUGGAUUCACGAAGGGCCGUUCCUGCCUAACUAAUAUACUGACUUUCUUCAGCAAAGCUUUUGAGGCUGUUGAUCACGAUUGUUUAUUUGAAUUUUAGUAAAGCUUUGGUACAGUACUGCACCAGAGACUGUUAAAGAAAGUAGCAGCUCAUGGCGUUGGGGAAAAAGUGUUGUCAUGGAUCGAGUCAUGGCUCAUGAAGAGGAAGCAGAGUGUGCAUAAAUGGGAUUAAAUCUAAGUGACGUUCCACAGGGAUCAGUUUUAGGAUUUUUGUUGUUUAUAAUAUAUAUGAAUAACCUUGACUACAGAAUUACUAGUGAUAUGAGCAAAUUCACUGAUAACACGAAGAUAGGAAAGGAUAAUUGAUCCAGAGAAGAUGUCACCGAACUUCACGAGGAUUUAGACAAACUCAUGUCGUGGUCAGAGAAGUGGCAGAUGCAGUUCAUUGUAGAUAAAUGCUGAGUUCUGAAGCUCGGGAAUGUCCACAACUUUAGCGCAUAUAGUCAAAAUAAUGUAGAACUUAACCAUACAGAAAUCGAAAAGGACUUGGGGGUUAUGAUAAGCAGCAACCUUAAACCAAGACAGCAGUGCCUAGGCACACCUACGAAGUCUAACAGAUUACUGGAAUUUGUAUCAAGAAGUAUUAGCAACAGAAGUUCAUCGAUAAUACUACAGCUCUACACAUCAUUCUGUAUAGCCCUUGUGGCUUAGCGCUUCUUUUUGAUUAUAAUAAUAAUCUACACAUCAUUAGUAAGGACUCAA